AUGAGCUACUACAACAGUAAUACCGCUCGGUCGCCCGGUGCGCACCGCCAUCAACCUCAGACCCUUCACCGGCAAGCUUCGAGGCAGUUCGACGGCUACUCGGCCCAACUGCCGACCGGUCUCUACACUGCAGAAGAUCACGCCGCGCGAUACGACGCUCCCCGAUACAACGACAGACUGAACGCGACAAUGCACGCGAAUUACGGCGGUGGCUACGAUCUGGCCGCCGCUCAGGCAUGGAACAAUGCUGGCUUCGGGCAAAACAACGCCUUGGCUGCAGUCGGAGCUACCACGCGAAUGAAGACCUCAGCCCGGGGCCGAAAUCCAUUGCCAUCGGCAUGGACCGACCCGCAACCGCCGCUUCCAAACCACGCGCCCUUCUCAGGCCUCGGCAGCGCCGCCCUUAUGCCAGGAUCGUUGCGGCCGGACAUGGGCUCUGACGCGGACGAAGACUUGAUUCCCACCGCCAUUGUCAUUAAGAACAUUCCGUUUGCAGUGAAAAAGGAGCAGCUGGUCGACCUGAUGACCAGCAUGAGGCUUCCUCUGCCCUAUGCCUUCAACUACCACUUCGACAACGGCGUGUUCAGGGGACUCGCUUUUGCCAACUUCACCACUCCCGAGGAGACAGCUGUGGUGAUCGACUCGAUGAAUCAUCUGGAGCUGCAAGGCCGGAAGCUUCGAGUUGAGUACAAGAAGAUGCUCCCGCUCGCCGAACGGGAGCGGAUUGAGCGAGAGAAGAGGGAGCGCAGAGGUCAGCUCGAAGAGCAACACAGGCCGAUGGCAGGAUCGCAACUCCACGCGCAGCCUUCAAUGUCAUCCUUGUCGUCUCACAUGCCUGCGACUUCGCCUUCGCCUGUGUCGGCGAGGAACAUCAAGCCUGAGCUAGAUUUGAAUGAUCCGCAGACUUUGCAGUUCUAUUCGCAGCUGCUCCUCUUCCGCGAAGAUCAUUCGCGGGAUGUUUUGGCUUUCCCCGCUACCCUGUCGCCUGCUCAGCGGCGGAUCGUCCACACAAUCGCGCAUCAGUUCAAUCUUUUGCAUAUGUCAAGGGGAUCCGGCGACCAGCGAGCGGUCCACAUCUAUAGAACGGAAGGAGCUCUUGGGAACUCAAGCCCGCCGAUCCCUCAGAUCCCGACCGGUUAUGCUGGCGAUACGCAGCGACGCGCGUUGAAUCGCGCAGCGACCACUGACUUCAGCGAUGUUCGGGCCUCGGAAGGAUUCUACGGCACCCUUCGCGGACAGUCCUCCUUCCUGGGCUUCACCCCCGGUUCGCCCGGCGGUCUAUCUGCAGGCCCCAACUUGAGGGCGGCGAAGUCAUACGCUGAUCUCCGGUCCUACACACCUUCGCCUGUGCCGUCCACCGCCAGCUUCCCGGCCACGCUGAACACGAACUAUGGCAGGUUCGGCGACUACAACCACAGCGCCGCCUCGACGAACCCAAGUCUCACGACCCCAAUCGCCACAUCUCUAUCCAGCAGAGACGAGACCUUGCUCUCAAACGGCUUCAGCGGUCUCAGUCUUGGCAACGGUUUCGGGCAGGCUGGAAGCCCGCAGCGACUCCGCAACAUGAUGUCCUGGGGCAGCGAGCGGGACCGAGAAGCGCCCGGACCGAUCGGCGGGCACAGGUCUGUCAGCACGAACUACGAUGAGCACAGCCGAGAGCGUAACCAGGGACUGCCAUCGCGGCAGCCACGCGGUCCGAUCCCAGAGCGCGGCACCGGGUUUUCGAGGGGCAGGCCAAACGGCCACCGAAACCACGGCAGCGACGAGCUCUCCUCCAGCUCAGGGGUCGAGAUCGUGGUCGAGUAA